AUUUUGCCUGCAAGCCAUCUGAUUAUCAUUAUAACCCAGACUGACACAGUAGUUUUUUUUUAGUACUAUAUAUGUUAUUUCGUGAGCGUGAGUUACUCUUGUUAUCAUAAAUUGUUUUUUAUCAUUAAUCAUUUGGUAGGUGGAUUCUAUUAAGUGAAUAUUUAAGUAAAAUAAUGGCAGAUACAACUGUGGACGCAACAAGACGAUUAAAUGUCAAAAAACAAACACUCGAUGAUGCAUACGCUGCACCAGCUAAUUUUUUAGAAAUCGACGUGAUCAAUCCGAUCACUCAUGGUGUCGGCAAAAAGAGAUAUACCGAUUACGAAGUUCGUAUGAGGACAAAUUUACCAGUUUUUAAAGUUAAAGAUUCGAGUGUAAGAAGAAGAUACAGCGAUUUUGAAUGGUUAAGAAAUGAAUUAGAAAGAGAUAGUAAGAUUGUAGUACCUCCAUUACCCGGCAAGGCGUGGAAACGUCAGAUGCCUUUUCGUGGAGACGAUGGUAUUUUUGAAGAUGAUUUUAUUGAAGAUCGUAGAAAGGGAUUAGAAGUAUUUGUUAACAAGAUUGCAGGACAUCCUUUAGCACAAAAUGAACGAUGUUUACAUAUGUUUUUACAAGAGCAAGUUAUAGAUAAAAACUAUGUCCCUGGAAAAAUACGAAAUACGUAGAUAUUUUAUAAAAUGCCUUUAAAAUUAAUAACUAUUAAUGAUUUUUAAAUUGAGAACACAACACAACAGUAUAUAAUAUUAUUAUUGUUAUCUAAGUAUUUUUCUUCUACUUGUACUUUUUUUUUUUUUUUCAUACUUUUCUUCAUUUUUUCAAUUACGUAAUUAUUACUUUAAAUAUUUUAUAUAAUCUUGUAAUAAAUUAUUUAAAUUGUACAAUUUCACCAACAUCUUCAUCUUCAGGUGCUACUCAUUUUUAAAAAAAUUAGAAGGCGUUAAACAUUUACUUUAUUUUAGUCACAACAAACCCGUGACUUUAAAUAAUUAUAAAUUUUUGCAUAAAGUAUUUGAAAAUUAUAUUUAAAAUAAGUAAUACAUGACGUAUUGUUAAGAUGGUGAAUGAAACCAUGACAAAUUGACUUUUUCUCGAUAAUCAUUGUUUAAAUAAAUAUUAAAUUUCCUGUAUUUUAAUAAAUUUUAGAAACAUCAAUAUACAUAUAUAUAUAAAAAUAUAUAUAUAAUUUUAAAUAAAUAAUUCAAUAUUUUACAUGGAAUAAAAAUUGUAAUUUUUUAAAUUAUUUAUUUAAUGUGAAUUUAAUUAUUUUAUUUUGAACUGCGCAGGAUUUUGUGUCAUUUUAUUUGAAUAAGUUUGCAGAUUAAUGCUCACUAGUAUUUUAUUUAAUUGUUUAAUAAAUAUAACACAGUAAUUUAUAAUAAAGUAAUUGAUGUUUUUUUUUAAAGCCUUGGAAAUAAAAGUUUGAAUGAGAUGCAAGUUUUGAUUAAUAAAGAACGUAUGGAGUAUUAUUUAUGGUGACCAUGGAUUAAAAUUAAGUAAUUUGUACAUUAAUUAUCAUUGAGGUUUUAUUAUAAAUUGGAGUAACACAUGGAAGAUUUUAUCCCACUUCCGGGGCUGUGAUUAUCUAAUGAGAUAGUCGCUGUUUGUUAUUUUCCACCUCAAAAAUAUUACAAAUUGUAUUUAUAAAUCAAACAUUCAAACAUUUGUACUCGUUAAAAUAUUUUUUUAUUGGGCUGGACAGUAUCGAUUAUAUUCCAAUUGAUAAUCAAUCAAUUGUCCAUAAAAAAAAUGAAUUGUUGGAAACUUGAAGAAAUUUUUUUGUUUAAAUUAAUAAUUAAAAAUAAAAUCUAUUAUAAUAUUAAUAGUUAUGAGUAAAAUA